GAUGCAUGUCGUCACGUGACCCAAUGUUUUGUUUCUGUUCCGGAUAGAAUGCAUGCGACGUUUCCUACUGUUACAACGUUAGAGAAAAACAUAACUUUCGUGUAAAUUCAGUCUUCAUGGGUAGAUGUUUUUCAUUAUUCUCUCUGGUGCGCCUGUAACCUUCUUUGUUGAGUUUUAACAAGCUAAAAAAAAGGUGUUAAUAUCAAUAAGAGCGUUGGAAGCAUGGCGGCUGUGGACAGCUUUCCCUUCUUGUACAGAGAAAUUUCUCGGGCUUGCAGCCCUCACUUCGAGACCCUGGCCCUGGUCGGAGCUCUGUACGCGGCCAGCAGAGCCCUGGUCCUGCUGAAGGACUGCUGCGCGGUGGUUAGGGUCCAUUUCCUGCCCAGGAUGAUGCCCAGUGGGAAGCUGACUCGGCGAUAUGGCGCUUGGGCUGUGAUUUAUGGCGCGUCUGAACCUGUAGCCCGUGCAUAUGGAGAGGAGCUGGCUCGCAACGGCGUCAGCAUCAUCUUCAUCACUGAGGACAGCUCCUCUGUGAUAGACGCUGUUGCAUUCCUCUCCCAAACCUACGGGGUGGAGACCUCUGUCGUCACAGCUAACUUUCCUCUGGGCCAAGCGGCAGCUAAAGCCAUCACAGAAGCUUUGAGGGGUAAAGAUAUCGGCUUCCUGGUGAACUGUGUGGACGAAACAUUGGCCUCACCCCGGAGCCUGAUUGAAAUUCCCGAGCAGGGCGUCUUGGACCAGGUGAACAGGAACGUCGCUGCUGCUACUCUGAUGGCCCGACUGGUGCUGCCAGGGAUGGUGGAGCGCAGCAGAGGGGCUCUAGUCAACAUAUCCUCAGGCGCCUGCUGCAGACCCCUACGUGGAAGAGUGACACUCACUGCCUUCACUGGAUACCUGGAUCAUUUCUCAAGAGCUCUUCACUUUGAGUACAGCGCCAAAGGGAUCUUCGUUCAAAGUCUCAUUCCUUUGCAGAUUGCCUCAAGCAGGCGUCAACGGUCAUCCUCAAGAGAAGGAUGGUUUGUUCCGAGUCCAGAGGUUUAUGCUCGUCACGCUCUUUCCACCCUGGGGGUCUCCAACAGAACCACAGGUUACUGGCCUCACACACUCCAGUAUGGACUAAUGAGGUGUAUUCCUGAGUGGAUUUGGAUUCUAGCAUCCCGGCUGCUCUCUGGCGCAAGCUGAGAGCUGAAAAGCCUCUUACUGGAUCUUGUUACACAAGAAUUUAGUUUCAGAUUCUUCUGACAUUAUUUAUUGAUAAUAAAUCCACAAACCUU